GCUCGUGCGCGGCAGCGCAAUGUAGAAUUGAUGGCCAGGAUUAUCCUGGCCAUCAAUCAAUUAUCCAGGAUAUCAUCCUGAGUGUGGCAUAGCAGCAGUGAGCAGUCACAGUGAGACGUGAGAAUCUGCAUCAAAAAUGGCCAAAUUGCUGGCAACAUUGGAGGGGCACAAAGAUCGAGUUUGGUGUGUGUCUUGGAACCCUCAGGGCAACAUUCUUGCUUCUUGUAGCUCUGACAGAUCCAUCAGAUUAUAUUCUAAGGAGAAUGAUACAUGGGUGUGUAAGAUUACAUUAUCUGAGGCUCAUUCAAGAACAGUGAGGUGCAUUGCUUGGUCUCCAACUGGUAAAUCUUUUGCUUCAUCCAGUUUUGAUUCCACUGUAAAUAUAUGGGAUGGACAAGAUGGUGAGUUUGAGACUGUAGCAACACUGGAAGGACAUGAGAAUGAAGUGAAGUGUGUGGCUUGGUCAGCUUCUGGAUCACUUUUGGCCACAUGCUCCCGAGAUAAGUCAGUUUGGGUGUGGGAAGUUGAGGGUGAUGAUGAGUUUGAAUGCAUUUCUGUCCUUCCUGCGCAUUCUCAAGAUGUUAAACGAGUUGUGUUCCACCCUGAGUCCAACAUACUGGCUUCUUGCUCCUAUGAUAACUCAAUGAAAAUAUACAGAGAAGAUGGUGAUGAUUGGAUUGUGAGCUGCACCUUGACUGGUCACAGUUCGACUGUGUGGUGCGCUGCGUUCAAUGCUUCAGGGGACCGCCUCAUCUCUGGGAGCGGCGACAAAACGCUGAGGUUGUGGCAACGCUAUGAACCUGGUAACGCUGAAGGUGUUGUCACUGAGAACGGCGAGGCGACCUGGAAAUGCGUGUGUGUGCUGUCCGGCGCCCACGACGGGGCUGUGUACGACGUGGCCUGGUGCCCGCUCACUGGCGCCAUUGCCAGCGCCUGCGCUGACGACUGCAUCAGAAUAUUUACGGUUGUGGAG